UUCAAACUAGUCGUUUAAGAUAAAGAAGUUUCAAAUAUAAAUCUUAAUGACUUUUUAAUGAAACUCUCCCUCCUACUUUUAGCUCUGCCUGCGAUGUAUUUUUGAUCGACAGUGCAGUUCACUUUGUUUGUCGCUCGAGGGAAACGGAAAGGUAGAUAUAGUUAAGUCACAGCUUUGACAUCAGCGUUUUAUGAAUUAAACAUGAAUUGCGUAUGAUUUUACAGUAAAUGCAAAAUUGUGUAAAGUACGAAACUAACCAUUACCGUGCAACUUCGAUAUAAUUGAUCCAUAUAAGUAGGAAAUAACUCUGAAGUAACAAUUUGCAGUGCGAGCGUGUUAGUCUAGUAUUUCACGUUCAUAUAUCGACAUCAAAUAUUUAGAGGAAAGUAUGAAAGUUGAGUUGUGAAAAAUAUACUCCUUAUAUACGAAUUCUUGGAGUGAAUUCUCUUCUUAGAGAGAAGAACAUUUUCAAAGUAAUCGAAAGUAACGAAACAAAUUGUAAACGAUAAAAUAAGAUUUUGCAAUGGAUCGUGAGAUGUGGCAACCGAAGGACAAGACUUCGAACAAUGGUGGUCAGAUACGACGAUUUUACGCUGGGAAGAGGAUUUUACUCACAGGAUGCACUGGUUUCUUCGGGACGGGAAUUGUUGAGAAACUUUUAUACACAUGUACGGAUAUUGAUAAGAUUUAUCUGAUGGUCAGGUCUAAGCAAAAUAUGACGAUGGACGAGAGAAUAAAUAAAUACUUCGAAGAUACUGCGUUCGACAGAUUGCGCAAAACAAAUCCUAAUUUCAUGAAAAAGGUGCAACCGAUUUACGGCGAUUUGCUAAAAGAAAACAUGGACAUUUCGCUGGAAGACUAUCAGCUGUUAACAAAGAACGUCGACAUAAUAAUUCACAAUGCAGCUGAAGUAUCCUUCGUCGCCAAAGUGUCUAACAUCUUGAAGAUAAACGUGAUGGGUACCAAGUACAUGCUCGAUUUGGCGGCAAAAUGUUCUCGUUUGAAAGCGUUUAUAUAUGUUUCAACGGCGUACUCUCAUUCGUACAACAAACGAAUCGAAGAGAAAUUGUACGCGCCCCCGUGCGAUUUGAAAGUUGUCGAGGACAUGAUACGGAGCGAUGAAGCAACACCAAACGGAAUUAGCGAGCAAUCGGUGCGCGAUAUAUUAGGAAAAUGGGUGAACACGUACACUUUCAGUAAAUCCAUUGCUGAAAGCCUCGUCGAUGACUUCUCACGAAAAACAUCGGUUGUUUGCUCGAUCUAUAGACCUUCGAUAGUCGUAGCAUCAUACGAGGAGCCAAUCCAAGGGUGGAUCGGAAACAACAAAGGACCUGCGUUGUUGCACAUUUUGAUAGGCAUGGGUUUGCUACACGUUUUACCCAUAAACGAAGAUACAGUCAUUGAUUUUGUUCCUGUUGACGUGGGAGUGAACGCUCUUCUAGCAUCGAUCUGGGAUUUAAUGUCGCACAAGAAACCGACAGGAACACACGUGUACAAUUGCGGUUCGUCGGUUUGGAAGCCUGUAUAUAUUCAAACGAACUAUACAUUGUUCUUCAAGGUGGUAGAAAAGUAUCCAUUCAGUAAAAUGGUUUGGUAUCCAUUCGUCAUAUUAGCUCGCAAUCUGUACAGUUUUAUUUUGCUUCAUCUACUGUUUCACCUUAUCCCUGCUGCGUUGUGUGAUGCAGUUCUGUACGUUAUUGGAAAGGAAACGAAAGCCUUCAAGCUAGCAUGGAAGGUGACAACCUUCCUCUCACCCAUAUACUACUUCUGCACUGGUAACUGGGCUGUGGAAGUGCAAAAUACUCAGGAUAUCCUCACCUACAUGAAUCCUGCUGAUUACAAAGAUUUCUUUUUCGAUUUUGCAAGAGUCGGUGCGGACGAUGUUAUUUAUCGGUACAUGCAUAGUGUCAGAUCGGUUUUAUUGAAUGAGAAACCGGAAAUGCUUCCUGCUGCUAAGAAAAGAUAUAAGAACUUAAAGAUAGCACACUAUACCGUCUGCACGUUUGCUGUUCUUUUUAUAGUAUUCUUUGUUUACAAAAGUAUGUGCAGUUAUUGUUAAAAAUGUUGAAAUAAAUAUA